AUGUCAUCUCGCCCGAACCUUGCCGGAGUGGACCUGCUGGCCACGGCUAAGUGCCGCACACUUCACAACGGGGUGAAGCUGCCCAUGAUAGGUUUGGGCACUUGGCGUCUUCGGGGUGACCGACUUCGCUCUGGGGUUUUCGGUGCUCUUAAUGAACGCUACGCUCUGAUCGACAGCGCUGCGGCGUACGGCAACGAGGAGGAGAUCCGAGAGCUUCUGAAGGAGGCAGGAAACCCCCGCGUGUUCAUAACGUCUAAGCUGCAGCCAGGAGACGCCCAGGGCACAGAGGCAGUUUUGAAGGCCUUCGAAAGGACAAUUGAGCGCCUGGGAGUCAAGCAGCUUGACCUGUACCUCAUCCACUGGCCUGUUUUCUCCCGGUCUGUGGUUAAGGGCUCCUUUUUGAUUCAGUUUUCAUCAAUGGUGCGCGCAAUUGGCGUUUCGAACUUCCUAGUGCACCAUAUUGAGCACCUGAUGGAAGACGGAGCCAAAAUCAUGCCAAUGGUCAACCAGAUUGAAUGGCAUCCGAUGUGUUGGGUGCCUGAUUUGAUUCCGUAUGCGGCGAGGCACAACAUCGUGCUGCAGGCGUAUUCAUCUCUCGGGUCUGGGGAGAACUUUUUGUUGGACCAUGAAGUUGUGAAGCAGAUCGCCAAGGAAAUCAAUCAACCUCCCAGCGUCGUGCUGCUGCGGUGGCCGGUUCAGCAGGGACUUGUGGUAAUCCCGUGCAGCACAUCACAGGCGCACCUGAGAGAGAAUUUAAACGCGCUGGAUGCGGAGCUCUCCGAAGAUCAGAUGAAGAGACUGUGCGCCAUCCGUGAGGGCGCCUCGCAUCGCGUUUGCUGGGACCCGAAAAUGGUUGCUUGA